ACGCAGGAAGGUUGUCGGACACAGCCGCCGCCUUAUUAGAACUGGUGGUGCCCCGUAAUGUGGUUGUGGCCGGGACUUUGCAUCGUGUACAAACUACAAGUUCCAUUUCUAUGGCUCCAGGCAAGUUUAAAAAAGCAAUCGGGGCGGUCAAGGACCAGACCAGCAUAGGCCUGGCCAAAGUGAGUAGUAGUAGCUCACUAUCUGACCUUGAUGUAGCCAUCGUCAAGGCCACUCGACACGAGGAAUACCCGGCCGACGAGAGGCACAUUCGAGAAAUAGUGGGAUUGACAUGUUAUUCUCGUGGCUACGUAAGUGCAUGUGUGAAUACCAUCUCAAAACGCCUUAAUAAGACCAAGAAUUGGGUUGUGGCACUGAAAACCCUAAUGUUGAUCCAACGACUGCUCACCGAUGGUGAUCCUGCAUACGAGCAAGAGAUCUUCUUCGCGACGAGGCGUGGGACCCGCAUUCUCAACAUGUCGGAUUUCCGAGACACUUCUCAAUCCAAUUCUUGGGAUUACUCUGCCUUUGUGCGUACAUAUGCUUUGUAUCUUGAUCGGCAGCUCGAGUUCAAGAUGCAGGACCGGCGGGGGAAGCAUAGCGCAUUUUCGUACGAGGACAAUGAAGAGGAGGUCGGUCCGACUGCCGUUGUUGUGAGGGCCACACCGGUGAGGGAAAUGAAGAAUGAGCAAAUAUUUUCGAGGGUUCAACAUUUGAUGCAACUCCUGGAGAAGUUUUUAGCAUGUCGACCAACAGGUGCAGCAAAGAACAACAGGGUUGUGGCUAUGGCUCUCUACCCUACAGUGAAAGAAAGUUUCCAGCUAUAUUACGACAUAACAGAAAUAAUGGGCUUAGUAAUUGAUCGGUUCAUGGAGCUUAGCAUCUCCGACUCUGUCAAAGUACAUGAAAUUUUUUGUCGCAUUUCAAAGCAGUACGAUGAGCUUGACAUGUUCUACAACUGGUGCAAGACUGUCGGAAUUGCUCGAGCUUCUGAAUAUCCUGAGGUUGAGAAAAUCACACAGAAGAAACUUGAUAUUAUGGAUGAGUUUAUACGCGAGAAAUCGGCCAUGGCGCAGAACCAGAGGUUGAAGAACGUUGAAUCAACGAAUGACCCUGAUCAAGUGACCGUUGAAGAGGGGGAGGAGCCCGAAGAGGACAUGAAUGCAAUCAAAGCAUUGCCACCACCAGAAGGAUUUCCUGAAGAAACUGAUGAGAAAGAAGAGGUGGAAGAAAAGAAAGAGGAAGAAAAUAAGACCCAACAAGAGGGUGAUUUGUUGAACUUGGGUGAAGAUGCACCGACCUCCGAAGAGCAUGGAGAUAAACUGGCUUUGGCUUUGUUUGAUGGUGGUCCAGCAGCAGCAACAGCUGCAACGGGUACUUCCGCAUGGGAAGCCUUCAAUGAAUCCGGAGAUUGGGAGACAACAUUGGUUGAAUCAGCAAGUCAUUUGUCGAACCAGAAAGCAUCACUUCCUGGGGGAUUCGAUACCUUGAUGUUGGAUGGUAUGUAUCAACAAGGAGCGAUGACAACUGCUGCAGUUUCCUCAGGUUAUAUAGCUACUGGAAGUGCUAGCAGUGUUGCGCUCGGAUCGGCCGGAAGGCCGGCAAUGCUGGCAUUGCCGGCACCUCCAACAGCUGAUGGUGAAGCUGCUGCAACACCGGGUGCUGACCCGUUCGCAGCCUCCCUUGCCGUGGCACCACCGUCUUACGUACAGAUGUCAGAUAUGGAGAAAAAGCAGAGACUGCUGGUGGAGGAGCAGUUAAUGUGGCAGCAAUAUGCAAGGGGUGGGAUGCAAGGACAGGUAGGGUUAGCAAAUGUACAACCAAACUCCUAUCCAUACAAUACGGGGAGUUACACAAACACCUAUUAA